UGGCGUUGUUUUUGUUAAUAGAGUGAACUAGUGUUAUUUCAAAGUUAUCUUGCUUUUUCUCGAUAAUUUUACAGCGAAAAACAAGUGUACAUAAGUAUCGAUUUUUGAACUGUCAAAUGAUCAGCUGAUUUGAAUAGAAAGUUUGUUUGUUUUGUUGGAAAUUCGCCAAAAAGAAAAUUAUUUUCCUUUACUGUUAAGGAACGAGUCACGACUAUGGAAAUGUUUAUUCGAUCUCAGUGCAAUAAAUAUGUUUUCGUGUUUGUUUUCUUUGUAAUAUCAGUUGUAAAAUGCGAAAAUGCAAAUAUAACAAUACCUCUAAACAAAACAAUAACGCAAGACAACAGAGAAUUAUUUGGUGGUUUUGUAACCAUCAAAAGCAAUUCGACUCUCCAAGUAAAUUUACAAGACGACUUUGAUAAGAAAGUAGUUUUCAUUAUAUUCCAAGUACAUAGCCACAUUUAUAAUGUAACUUUGUACAAUAACACUGGUGGAAUAAACACUCUUGGGUCACAUAUAUAUGGCACAAAUUUAGGACUGUACUGUCCUGUCAAACCAGCAUUGGAUACAUAUUAUAUUAAUAAUAUGAAUACGAAAGAUUUAAAACUGUAUGUAACUGUUCAUGGGUACAGGAAAAUAGAUCCAAUACCAGGAGGUUGUAACCUAGACCUACCUAUAUAUGUGUCUCCAUUCAUGAUUUUAUCUUACGACAAAGCCCUAAUAAACAUAGGGGCGCCACCUCCUCAAGAUGUCAAAAUAAAUCCGAACUGCAAUAUGGUGGAAGGGAAUACUGGUACCACAAUAUCAUUUUACAAAAUGUUCUUACCAGAAAAAGCUCUCGAUGAAAAUACUUAUUUUGAUGGGUUAAGAAAAAUGUUAACAUUGGACCACAUCAAAGAAAACGCUGUAGAGAUCCCCGAACAGCAUCUUCCAAAACGACCUAUCGCCAGAAUCCGCCGCUCUCUAAGCUCGUACCUAGGCACUGGAACUGUCUACGUAGCGGUUGCAUAUAAGAUCUCAAAUCCAAAAAUGUAUUCUGUGUAUGUGCCUACUUAUACCUAUGCAUGCUCACCUCUGGAAGGGAAUUGCAAUAUUUUGGACGAUAUUGUAUCAGAAAUAUUUUGCGCCACGCUGAUAUUCAUCGGCCUAUUCACAUGCUUUUUCGGCCAUCGUUUCUUCAAGACUGAAAUGUUUCUAGUCGGAAUGUUCACUGGUGUUAUAAUAACGUACAUAUUGAUCUCAAUUAUUAGCAGUCACAUUAGCGAAUCGGCUUUGCUCGGAGCAUCGCUUCUGUCUGGUGUGUUUUUCGGAGCAAUAUGGUUAUUGUUCUGGUGGUUCUACGGCAUACCUGUAAUGUCUGUGUUUCUUUGUACGUUACAUCUUGGAUUUAUGCUCUCUUCUAUAAUUUACUUUGGAAUGCCACCUGGCCACUUAAUCUUUGAACAAAAUUCGACAUUCUGGACUAUUUUCGUAGUCGUAAUGUUAUUCACAUCAAUCACUCUGAUCACAAUGACGUUCCUGUCCAACAUAUUCUGUUGUGCGGUCCUCGGCGCGUACGCAACUGUCUUUGCAUUGGAUCAUUACAUCGGAUCUAACUUGAAGUAUAUUACAAUCAAUACUCUGAGACGGGCCGUGGUGGAUGAUUUUAAUUAUGCUGAUUUGUCACCUCCUUAUCAAUGGAGAGAUGUAAUGUCAACGCUCUUCUGGGUGGCCCUCGCGAUCAGUGGGUUUCUGUUCCAACACUACCACAACCGGGGCAGAUCGCCAUUCCCCCCGCCGCCCCGCAGUAUUACGCCGCUGAAUCCCGACUCACACAUUUAUAAUAAUUAUGGCAGUGUUACUGGCAGAACUCGACGACUGUUCACAAUAGAGAGAGGCACCGAUGUCGCCGAAGAACGUGCUCCCUUAAUUAGCGAAAAUAUACCUAGAAAUACACUAUGAAAGACACAGGUAAGACAGUAGUACAAAAUUUGUAUAAUAGUCAUAUUUUGUGGAAACUUUGACUUCACAAUAUUAAGUUUUAAGCAGUAAUGUACUUAUAAUGAAAUUGUAAUUUCGAUCUCAUAUCACUUAUUAAAAUUCCUAUUUACGACAGAUUUAACAAAGGGAAAUGGACAGCAAAAUAUAGAAUCAAACUUUUUGACCGGAAACUCUGUACAAAAACACAUAAAUAUACACAUAAAUGUCAACGCCAAACCGGAAAGACAAUAUCUAUGUUUGCAGGCUGUCUUUCAACUUAAAACGGUUAGUUCGCUUGACUAGCCUGUAAUAGCAAUUAACAACAUACCAUUCCAAAUAAUCUUCAUAAUGUUUUGGUACUAUGGUAAUAUAGCAUAAGAAAUGCGAAGAGUCACAAUUCCGUUUUGUCUUCACAAACAAUGAGCGACAUAGCAGUCGAAAAGGCUCUUUAGGUAGAUUAUCUGGUGCUAUAAUAAUUUAUAUGAAUCGUUAGUGUGCUGGGAGUUAUAAAAUAAUAAUUCAGACUAAGCACUGAACGACAUAUCUUUACAGCGUUUUAUACAGGGUUAUUCAAAUACUAACAACCCCGCAGGACUAUAAUCUAACAUCAUAAAGAACAACUUUUGUUCCAUAACUUUUCGUAAUUCAUCAGAUUUUACUUUUGUGUUAAAGUAAACAUGUUUUAAUAUCACCGUUAACUAUGUGCGGUAACAAAAGAAAUCGCAAUACCAGACCGAUACAAAACGCAGGAGCUGGGGUGGGAAUCGUCGGGAAUGACGCUUGCAUGUUGAACCACGGAUUUAUAUACUUUAUAAACUGGAUCGCUCACUUCGAUAUAUCAAUAUUACAAAUUAACACCUUAUUGGGUUAUGUUCAGGUUUAUUUUAAGUAAAAGUAAAAAACCCAGACACGUGAGAUAGCACGAAAUAGUGGUAUAUCCUUGUCUAACAAGUUGCCAACGAUAAAAAAAAAUCUUCUUAGGUAAUGUCUAAUCUAUUAACUUUAUUCAAUUUGGUAUGUUUGUUUAUAUGUAUGUUUGCUUAAAGGUGAUGCUUUUACUGUAAUAGUACAAAAAAUACUUAUAUAUCAACAAUGAAACCUUGUAUUAUGAAGUAACAUAUCAAAUAAGUAUACUAAUUUGUAUUAUGCAAUAAUAUUAGUAGUUUUUGUCAUCCAUAAGCGGCCACAUUUUCUGUAAAAACUAAAAAGCUAAAAACAAGAUGGCUGGCUGAAAGAUAAAUGAACACCCUAUUAGAAAGAGACGCAUUACUACUUUGAAGCCUUUCACUCGGCUCGUUUUAUUAACUGUUAAAAGUGCGCGGUCCAGUUUAAUAUACAAGUCUGUAGUUUGAACUUAACAAAUAUAGAUGUAAAAAGUAUCAAGGUUUGACGUUGGUUCCUUGGCGGAAAGGUCGUUGUAUUCUGUGGGACACAACAUGUGUAAGCACUUUUGCUGCGUCCCACUUAAGACAAACUUGGCGGGUUCCGCGACUGAUAAUGCAGCGAAACUAAGACAUGCUAAAUGAUCUGCCUUGGACCCCACGUACGACUUCGUACUGUAGUAUAGGCUCUACUCUAUGAGUAGAACUACUGGCUGAGUGAAUAUAGUUUUGUAUUUAGAAUGUGUUUGAAAAAAUAGGUUAGAAAACAAGAACAUCUUGAGAGAUCUAGAAAUAGCCUCCGUAAGAAAACAUGACAAAAAAAAA